GGCUGAUCCCCAAUUUUGUCGAUAUGUCUCAUCGUACCGCAAUUGUGACUGGGUCUGCACAGGGAAUAUAGGUUUCCAUAAAUCUUAUAGGAAAACUUCAGGCUCAGAAGCGGCAAUUCACGCCACCGUGCAAGAGCUCCAACGAAAUCAACGCACGCCGGGAGAUCGCAAAUCUUGUAUUAUCGCGGACGGAUUUGACCCUCCUCUGCGGUUGGGUAGAUGGUUCAGGAGACUGUUCAAAAAUGGGGCCCGCUGACGCUGAUGGCAGCCAAUGCUGGAAUUGCACAGGCCAAACCACAGCUGGAUGUGGCGGAGCAGGAUAUCGAUCGAGCGAUGCCGACCAAUUUUAAGGGCGUGUUUCAUUGCUAUACAGGGGCGGUACGGCAGAUGAUUGCGCAGGGCCUUCCCCAGGAAGUUGGCAGCGUCGCCGUUUCCAAGAUCGUUUCCAAGCCAUUCGCGACGCUCGGAAUUUAUUCUGCGAGUGAGUGGGCUGUUCGCGGGCUAACGCAGGCAAUAAAUAGCCAUGGAGAUGGCGCCGCACAAGAUUACCGUGAACGUUUACGCUCCGGGGAUCGUGGAUACCGCCAUGUGGGAGCAAAUCGACGGCAGCCGAGGACUGGCCAAGGGGGAGGGCAUGCGACUCUACUCUGUACUCGGAUCGCUUAAUUGCGCUGGGACGCACCAGAGGCCUCCGGCU